AUGGCAGCAUUCAUGGCAUCACGACAGGCCGUACGGCUCCCAGCCCAAUUGAGGUGUUUUAGCACCUCUCCAGCACACAAUGCUGCCCAGGUCAAGCGCCUGGGUGUCAUCGGCGCGGGGCAGAUGGGUCUCGGUAUUGCUCUCGUAGCAGCGCAGAAGGCGCAGGUCCCGGUGACUCUGGUCGACACUUUCCAAAAGUCUUUGGACAAGGGGGUCGCUUUUGCAGAGAAACUGCUGGCCAAGGAUGUAUCCAAGUCCCGCAUCACUCAGGAGCAGGCCGACAAAGCCCGGUCUCUCCUCACCCCUACUACUUCGUUGGACGACUUGUCAAACGUUGACUUUGUCAUUGAGGCCGUCCCCGAGAUCCCCGACCUGAAGUUUGAGCUGUUUAGCAAGCUCGCCCAGAUCUGCCCCAAGCACGCCAUCCUGGCGACCAACACGUCGUCCAUCUCCAUCACGCGGAUAGCUGCCUCGACGACCAAGGACCCCACGGACACCCAGGCCAGCUCGCGCGUCGUCUCCACGCACUUUAUGAACCCCGUGCCGGUGCAGAAGGGCGUCGAGAUCAUCAGCGGCCUCCAGACCAGCGCCGAGACCCUCGAGACUGCCGUCGCCUUCUGCAAGGCCAUGGGCAAGAUCACCUCCGUCUCUGCCGACUCGCCUGGUUUCCUGGCCAACCGCAUCCUGAUGCCCUACAUCAACGAGGCCAUCAUCUGCCUCGAGACCAACGUGGGCGACAGGGACUCGAUCGAUGCCAUCAUGAAGAACGGCACCAACGUCCCCAUGGGCCCUCUGCAGCUGGCCGACUUUAUCGGUCUUGACACGUGUCUGGCUAUCAUGAAAGUGCUGCACACGGAGACGGGUGACUCCAAGUACAGACCCAGUGUCCUGCUGCAGAAGAUGGUGGACGCUGGCUGGCUGGGCAAGAAGAGCGGCAAGGGCUUCUAUGACUACUAG